AUGCCGAGAGCGAUGGAUGAGUCCGAGUCUGAAUACGAGGAAGAAACCGCCGUUGACCGUGGAGCCGGCUGCGGGAGGGCGAAGCGCAAGAGAGACGGCGAAGAGGAGGGUUGCGGAGGUGGGAGUGGCGGCCGCCGCCGCCGAGGGAAGAGGGCUAUGAAAUCGGUGUCGGAUUUCUUUGAAGAGGAGGCUUAUGUGGACAGCGAGGAGGAGGAGGAGGACGGCGAGGAAGAUUUCAUUGAUGCUGCGGAUGAUAUGCACGAUAACGAUGAUGAUGGAAGAACUCAUCAUCGUGCUCCGCUCCUUGCACGCGAUCAUGAUGAAGAAGAGGAUGUCGAGGAAAUCGAGAGAAUGGUUCAUGAGAGAUAUUCAAAAAGCAGUUUUGAUUAUGACGGGGAGGCUACAGCACUAGAACACCCAGCUCAGCUUUCCUCUAUUUGGGACCCCAAAUUAUGGACGGUCAAAUGUGCGAUUGGCCGGGAGAAGGAGCUGGCUGCCUGCCUUUUGCAAAAAAUAACUAGUAAAGGCCCUGAACUAAAAAUUACAUCAGCAAUAGCACUUGAUCACCUUAAAGGCUAUAUAUACAUAGACGCGUACAAAGAGGCGCAUGUGAGGGAGGCUGUUAAGGGUAUGCACAAUAUAUAUCCACAGAAGAUAGGCCUUGUCCCAAUCAAUGAAAUGGCAGAUGUUUUCUCAUUAUCCACACAAAGAAAAUCAAUUGACAUUUCUAUGGAUAUGUGGGUUAGAGUGAGGAGUGGAUUAUAUAAAGGCGAUCUUGCAAAGGUUGUUGAUGUUGACACUGUGAGGCAGAGAGCAACUGUUAAAUUAAUACCGAGGAUUGACUUGCCGGCCCUGGCUAACAAAUUGGAAGGAAGGAAAGUUCCAAAAAGAAACACAUUUAACUCACCUGCACGAUUUAUGAAUAUUGAUGAAGCUAGAUUGCUGAAUAUUCAUGUUGGGCGUAAACGAGAUCAAGCUACUGGUGAUUAUUUUGACAAGAUUGACGGGAUGAUAUUCAAGGAUGGUUUCUUGUAUAAAAAAUUGUCACUGAAGGCGCUCAGCACUCAGGAUGUUGAACCGACUUUUGAUGAACUUGAGAAGUUUGGGUGGCCCAGUGAGAAAUCUCUUGCUAUCCGUGACAAUGAGCUCUGCAAGCACUUCGAACGUGGAGAUCACGUAACGGUUGUGUCUGGUGCUACCAAAGGCGUAACAGGUUUGGUGGUCUCUUUUGAGGGUCAUGCGGUGAACAUAGCAUCGGAUAUCACCAAGGAAGUUUACUGUGUAUCUGCCGUUGAUGUUGUGGAGAGCUCUGAAGCAUCAAUUGGUGUUACUCACCAUAGUAAUUAUGAGCUUCAUGACCUUGUGCUGCUUGAUGAUAAUAGUUUUGGCAUGAUUAUAAGUGUGGAGGGUGAAGCUUUUCAGAUCCUUAAAGGUGUUCCUAGGAGACCGGAUGUUGCCGUUGUGAGGUUAAGGGAGAUUAAGAGCAAGAUUUACAAGCAAUGUUUUGCGGAAGACUGUUACAUGAACACAUUAUCUGUGAAAGAUUCUGUUAAAUUCUUGAAGGGGCAAAAAGGUCCGGUUGAACACAUAUACAGAGGUAUUCUGUUUAUUUAUGAUCGUAAUCACCAUAUGCAUUAUGGUUAUAUUUGCGUUAAAUCCGAGUCGUGUGUGGUGGUGGGUGGUGGUGGAUUACGCGCAAAUGAUGAUAUAAAUGAUAACACAAGGAUGGUGAGAUUUCCCAGGCUGAGAACUUCUUUUGUUCCUCAAUCACCACUGAGACCACCCAGGGGUGAUCCUAUGAAUUAUGCUUCCGGAACCUUCCACAAUGUUCCACGACGUUCCACAUUUUUCCGGAUUGUUCUAGAUGCUUCCGGGUCCUUCCCAAAAGAAGGUGUUGAUAUUUUAACAAAAACAUGGGCCGUCCAAUGUGAAUUUGGCCGUGAAAGGGAGGCUGUCAUUCUUCUGAUGCAGAAAUCUGGACUGGCUGCUACAUUCAACAAGAUGGACGUCGAACAGGCAGUUCGGCCGAUAAAGUUCUUGAACGCCAAUAAGGUUUCUUUAGUGCCGUACGCCGACAUGCGUGAUAUGCUGAAAAUCAGAGACCAGGAAGAGCCCUCUGUGGGUGCAUGGGUCCGUGUGAAGCAGGGAAGUUUCACCGGGACGCUGGGAAGGGUCGCCGGAACUCCAAAGCUGGUGGUCGACGGAACUCCAAAGUCAGCGGGCAAUGAAAAUCCAAAGCUGGGAACAUUGGCCGGGCCGCUGGGAAGGGUCGCAGGAAAGUCGGCGGUCGACGGAAAUCUAAUGCUGGUAACAUUGGACGGGACGCUGGAAAGGAUAGCCGGAAAUUCAAAGUCGACAGUCGAUGAAAAUCCAAAGCUGGGAGGAAAUUCAAAGUUGGUGGUCGACGGAAAUCCAAAGAUGGUAACAUUGGACGGGGCUCGUGGGUUUUACAACGUCACCGUGAUUGGCAAGGUGACCGCCGGCACGAAGAGGGCCAGAAAAUCAAAGCCGGAGGCUUUACCAUCAAGCGUGAACCUGAGGACUAGAGGAAUGGGAGUGGAUCCAGUUUGCAGUAGCUGUGUAGAGGAGGUGCUAGGUCACCAGAUGGCAAUGGACUUUUCUGUUCACCAGAUGGGUGCUGACCUUUGUGGUUUGCUUUCAGGUUUAUUGUGGGUAGCCUCCAAGAUGCUGCCUUUGAUUGAGACUGUGGUAUUUGAACUACGGAUGCUGGAGGUGGAAAAUCCGAACCCUACACUCGAUGAGCUUGAUAAUUUCCAGAAGGCAGGGCUUCCCAUCAAGGAGGAUGAUAUUGUUCGAGCCCUUGCAUAUCGACUGAAGGGCCAGAAAGUUAGAGCUGUGAGUGGUGACCAUGCCAUUGGCACCGUGGAUAAAAUCGAGAGAGGAAUGGUGCAUGUCAGUGCUCCUGGCCACCCGAACCAAAUUAUUCUUCCAGUUGAGAGUGUCCGGAAGGUUUAUCCUAUUGGGAGCGAGGUUAAAGUUUGCCAAGGGAGCUAUGCUGGUGCUGGAGGAACCGUGAUUUCCAAUUUCAGGAAUCACGUAGUUGUCCUAAAUCACGCUACCUCGAAACAGAUGUCCAUCUUUUUGGAGUUUCUGGAUAGCACUUGA